GGUGAACGCGGCAAAUUGUAUUGAAAUUAGAAGGCAGGGGGCGAAGCGCUUGGUAUUGAAGAGGAGAUAACUUCUGCCAUGGCUUGGCAAUUUUACUGCCCCAGACACUAUGGCUUAACCAUGAACGCAGUUAAUGAUUUUGUGCAACAACAUUCGUUUGUGGAUGUGAAACUUGUAUGCAAGAACAAAAAGACUGUGUAUUCCCACAAGUUAAUACUGGCUUCAGCUAGCCCGUUUCUAAAGGCUGUUAUUGAAGAAAUGAGCAAUUCCGAUGAUAUGGCUACCUUGUUUUUACCUGAUUUCGAUUAUAAUAUUGUUACUCUGUUGCUGACGUUCCUCUGCGAAGGUAUUAUGAAACUUACAUGGGAAGAACUAGGAGAAUUCCGGGAGCUUUGUAAUGGGCUAGGUAUGAAUUUCCCUGGUGCCGACGUAGUAAAGGUAUUAAAUGAGUCUCAUUACUCGCAAACGUCGCAAGCAACUGACAUCGCAGCAAACCCAAACGCAAAUACAGAACGCGGAAUACGUACUUCGUCUUCGCUCGUGUCUUCCAGAGAAGCUUUCCAUACACCAGCGAAGGUACCUGAUACAAGCAGUGCCUUCGCAUCCAUAGUACCAAAGAUAGAAGACUGUGAAGACUGUCAAAAUAUUCAACUGACGCAGCCUGUACCUAGGAAUGAUAGUCAAAACACAGUGCAGAAUCUGGAUGUUAGGAAUAUACAGCAUAGUCUUACUGACAGUGAUUAUUCUCAAACAGAGGAACAUACACAGAUGAGUUUGGAGACUAGUGAAAGUGUUAUGUAUUCUAAUGCCACAAGUAGUGGUGGCUCUUGGAGAAAAGUGAUGUGCUCACACAGUGAUACUCAUACAGAUUUAAAUGUGUGCCAUGCUAAAAGUUCAAUGCAAAAAUCAUCACAAAGUAAUGAAACAUCUCGCAUGCAUUCCUUGCCUUCUGUGCCAAUGUCUGUUGAACAAGAUAAUUUUCAUAGCAGCAACUCUCACUUUGCUCAUCAAAAAUCAAGUACUCACCAAAUUGUGAAACAGUCAAAAGCCACAGAACAAAGUGCAUAUCACCAAAUAAAGAAACAGUCAAAAGCAAAAACGAAAAAACUCCAUAGUGAUGCAGGUGUACAAAAGACGCAUUUAACACAGAUUUUGAAUUCAUGUUCUGUUCACAAGAAGCUGCCAGAACUACCAGGUGCCACUUCUCAUAAAAUAAAACUAUCACCACAUGUGAAAAGUAGCAGUAGACCGAGUAACUCAAAAGGCCAUAGUAAAACACAAUCUGUUCAAAAAUAUGUACGUUCAAAGAAGAGAAAAAAUAGUGAGGGAUCUGGGAGUGCCCCAGAGUAGGUGGAAUAAAUUGUAAAAAAACUCGAGUUGAUGACAAUUUGUGUGAGAAGUGUGACAGUUUGUCUUGUGAAAGUUGUGUUGUAUACUGUUGUGAAGAACUUCAAACUAUGGGGGAGGAGACAUUGUAAGAGAAUAGUGUACAUUCAGGUAAGAAAAUUUGUCAUGAGGUUAUAGAUUAGGCAACACGAAUUAGUUUGGGAUGAGGCAACUAAUUGGAAUUGGACAUAAAUUUUUUCACUACCUUAAAUAAAAUGAAAUUAAAAUUUGUAAUUUUUCAUGUCAAUGGUUCACAACUGAAUGCUUAUA